CUAUCCCUAUUGGGAAUUUGAAAAACACUAUACAAAAAAAAAGAAAAAAAGAAAAAAAGAAAAAAAUAUUUUAUAUAGUCUUAUAAAAAAAUUAAUACUAGUAGUAUUUUCAUAGAAAUAUGGAAGGAAGGCGUGAUAAUAUCAACCUUGGUGGUAACCAGAAGAAAAGGGUUGCACUUUUUGGUGUCUUUUACAUUGUUCUUGUUGCUGUGGUCGGAACCGUUGCUGCGGUAGGUUUAACGCGCGGAGGCCUUGGAGGACAGGGAGAAGAAAAUGUAAAAAUCUCUACCACACAAAGGCACGCUGAAAUGACUUGUCUAUCAGACCCAAGUAAAUGUGACACGAAACUCGGAAGAGUGUUUAGCAAAACAAGAAACAUAAAAGAUCGUAUGAAGGACGCCUUCAUUGAAGCAGCCGGGGAGUUAUCGAAACACAUAAAAGAUCCAGCUCUUGCUAAUGAGUUGGUAAAAGACAACAUGACGGGACAAGCUAUGCGAAUUUGUAAUGAGGUAAUGGAUCAUGCUGUUGACGGAGUUAAUAAAUCUGUUGGUGAAUUAGACAGAUCUGAUUUCAAUAGGUUGAGUGAUUUUCAUUUCGAUCUUCAAGUUUGGAUGACUUCUACGCUUUCGGAUCAACAAACGUGUUUGGAUAGUUUCGAGAAAGUAGACUCAAAAGCUAGUCAGAGAAUGGCUCAGGUUUUGAGCAAUUCUAUGAAACUAACUAACAUUGCUAUUGACAUGCUUAAUUCAGUUCCUGGAUUGCAUAAGGAUUUUGGCAAUAUGCCACAAGGUUUUAAUAGGAGGACUUUAUCUGAUGAAUCAACAACGCGUGUUGAUGGUUUUCCAACAUGGGUUGGCGAAGGACAACGACGUCUUCUUGGGGCUUCGAGUGUUAAGGCAGAUGCUGUUGUAGCGCAAGACGGUAGCGGAAAGUUUAAAACUGUUACCGAAGCUCUUAAGACUGUUCCGGCAAAUAAUGCAAAACCUUUUGUUAUUUAUGUCAAGGCUGGUGUUUAUAAAGAGCAUGUUAUUAUUCCUCUGAAGAUGAAUUAUGUUACCAUCAUUGGUGAUGGUCCUACAAAAACCAAAAUCACAGGUGGCCUCAACUUCGUUGAUGGCGUCCUAACUUACGACAGUGCAACCGUCGGUGUGAGUGGUGACAACUUCGUGGCGAAGGACAUAGGCAUCGAAAACACAGCAGGACCGAGUAAACAGCAAGCAGUAGCACUUAGAGUUUCAGGAGAUAUGGCAGUUAUCCACAACUGUCAAAUAGAUGGUUACCAAGACACACUCUUCGCCCAAUCCCUACGACAAUUCUAUCGCGAUUGUAGCAUCUCUGGUACAAUCGACUUCAUAUUCGGCGACCCCUUUGGAGUUUUCCAAAACUGCAAAAUCAUAGCUAGAAAACCAGCAACAGGCCAAGCAAAUUUAGUAACAGCUGGUGGAAAACUCACGGCGAGCACCCAAACUGCAAUUGUUUUCCAAAGUUGUCACUUCUCUGGUGAACCAGCAUUAGCAUCGAUGUCACCCAAAAUAACUUUCUUAGGAAGACCAUGGAAAGCAUACUCCAGAGUUGUGAUAAUGGAUUCAGUCAUAGAUGACAUCUUUCUCCCUGAAGGUUACCAAGCAUGGGUGGGAAAUGCAUUUACUGAUACAUGUACUUUUUUCGAGUAUAACAACAAAGGUCCUGGUGCUGACACGAAAGCAAGAGUUAAAUGGCCUCAUGUUAAAACUAUAACUGCUAAUGAAGCUGCUGCUUUUUAUCCUGGUAAAUUCCUUCAGGUUUCUGGUUCACCUUGGAUGACGAGUUCUGGAGUACCUUGUUCCCUUGGUCCUAUGAGCGGUGGUUCUGCUGGAGCCUCGGCUUCUGCUUCUCCGGUUACAGCUUCUGGACCUUCUUCGUCUUCUUCAGCUUCUGGACCUUCUUCGUCUGCUUCUUCUUCUUCAGCUUCCGGACCUUCUUCGUCUUCAUCAUCUUCUUCCUCUUCUAAGGCUUCACCUUCUAAGGGGUCUUCUUCAUCUUCUAAGUCUUCUAAGGAGUCUGAGAAGUCUUCUUCAUCUUCUAAGUCUUCUAAGUCUUCUGAGGAGUCUGAGGAGUCUGAUGAUUGAGUUUGGUUAACAAAGUUAAAGUUAAGAGUGGGAUUAAUUAGCUGAGUCCAUUAAUUUACAUAUUGCUAUGAAAUAAAUCAAAACUAUAGCAGUAAGGUAAAAUAAUAGAGAUGAAGGAAAGAAUCUGUGUAUAUAUUGUUAGGAUUCUUACACUUAAGAUUUUAUCUCUGUAGUAAUAACUUAGUUUUGUUCAGAAUUUAUUGGAACUGUUUUAAAAUGUACAUUUGUAUCACUUUAAUUAAUAAAAGUUUUGUUUA